CAAGGUACAAUUAAACCUCGUUCUUUGCUUCGGACUCUGUCUUGGAGCGGGUAUCCGCUAUAUAUAAUAGCACUUCCUUGGUGGGGUGGAUGAAUCAACUCCUCCAGCAUGAGUACUACGAUGGCCCUUCCAGCUCUUGACAAUACGAUGGGAGCCCUUCUCAUCGGGACAAUAAUCGCAGCAAGCAUAUGGGGGAGCUCAGUAUUGCAUACUUACGAGUAUUACUCGGACUAUCCGAAUGACCAUAUCGGUAUGAAAUGUGUUGUCGCAAUUGUGUCUCUCCUCGACACCUCGCAUCAAAUUUUUAUCACCCACGCUCUGUACAUCUACUUGAUCAAAGGAUUCGCCAAUCCGUUGAUAUUGACUAAGCUGCUAUGGACCUUCUUAAUACAACUGGUUAUAACGGCGUGUCAAGGGCUAGUCUGUCAAGGCUUCUUCACAUGGAGAGUAUACGUCGUAAGCCAGAGAAACCGCUUUCUUGCCCCCUUCAUCGCAAGCUUGGUCAUCGGCAAUUUUGUAGUUACGCUAUACUAUUACGCGCGAUGCCAAUCCCUUACAUCAACUACCCAACUUGGAGAACUAAAGAAUAUUGCCAAGCUAUUGGUUUUUGGAUACAGCGCCGAUAUCCUGAUAACCGGCUCCUUGAUUUAUAUGCUCUUGAGGAGCAAGACACAAAAUGCUCAGUAUGUACCGUCUUCCGUCAAUCAUGAUGCUAUUCAAAUGAACGAUGUUCGCAGAACAAACCACAUUAUCAAUAGACUAGUCCUUUACUCUUUGAAUACAGGUUUUCUUAAUAGCAUUUUUGCUAUUCUUUGCUUUGUCACUGCGACUGUCUGGAGUGACAAUUUGAUAUUUGUCGGUUUGUACGCAGUUCUGUGUCGAAUGUAUAGCGUUUCCGUCCUUGCGACCCUGAACUCUCGGAAGCGGUUCAGAUCUCUUAGCGGCGUACACAGGUUGACUUCCGAGUCGUUUUCUGCUGGAACAAGGCUACAGGUAGCUAGACCGGGUGAUAUGGCAAUCCAGGUCGAUUACCAGCCCCACAUUACAGACGAUGCUUCUUCAGAGAUUAAGCAGAAUAAUAAAUCGACGCAUUCGUUGGAGCUUCAUACCUUACCUCGCGUCAAAGCAGACGACUGCAGCGUUUGAUUAUCUCGAUAGUCUGUAUACUAUGUUCUAACUUUCAUUUUUCGAUGGCUACCUUAUGGGAUAUGUAACAAGGUGUAAUACUAUUUAUCGAGAGCUACCGUUAUCUUCAAUGUGGACGCAGAAGCUAGGAACCUCAAUGCUGAUCUUUCGUAACAAGUCACACCAGUGAUGAUGUUCGUACCACUUCAAUGGGACGCACGCUGGAGACAUGAGUUCAUAAGACCGGGUCGACUUUGUACCAACUACACGUGGAUGGGAACGGAACGGACAAAACUGGGGUUUAGAAUACGUGAAAGAUGUCGGUUGACGGAGAUGAGCUAAGGUAAUGGCUUCGAUUUCAUUAUGUCUAGUCGAUCCGUGUCUGUAAAUUUGGUUCGAAGAAGCAAUAGCGUUCGACGCAUGACCUUGGC